CGACAACAAAAAUAGAAAGCGAAAGUGAAAGUGUAGUUAAAAAAUCCUUCAGAUGUUCGCGGAGCUCGUGUUUGUGUUAUAAUAACACUAUAUUCGAUAAACUGACUGAGAUAACUUAAGACAGGAUGGACACGCGAACAGAGGAUUCCGUUCGCUGCAGUAAAACGAACAAGAAAAGACAUAUCCAGAGAAUGAGAAGUCCCUUACGAUACACCCGCCCAUAUCGGCCAAGGUUUGAGGGGAAAAACCUGCGUCCACGGUUUUUCAGGACUAUGGAGGAACGUUUUUUACGGCGCCCAAAUUUUGCACUGAGGUACCAGAGGCAUCAUACAGGUCAGUGGUCCAGCCUAAAGCUAAGUCGUAAGACCAGAGCCUCUUCUCCUCCCAACCAGCAGUUCGACAAAGGCCUGAACAAGAAUAGCCCCACAGCACAUACCAAACCCAGCAGCACAGACAUUCCUAGGCUAUCCUCUGGAGACAGAUCAUCACUGUCAUUCACAGUAAGAGACCAGAAACUCCUUGCUUUGUAUCAUUAUGAUUAUUCUCAAAGGAAUGUUUUGGGUGUCACAGAACUCCAGCAACAGAGAUGCUCUCUCAUCUGUGACCUGUGCUGGGGCACGAAGCAGAGCUAUACAGAAGAAACAAGAGCAGAUAGAGGAGAAAACGAUCAGUCCCAUUCGAAGUAUUCACUGUCCACACACUUUCUUCCUCACUCCCCCAUACCAUUCUCUGAAAGAGGCAUAUAAUAAUCAUUCAGUGUUAUUUCUGCCCAAACAUAAAUCAUGUUUUACCACUAUCAACAGAACUAUUCUAGUGUUUUCUAUUCUAGUCUGCUCACUGCAACACUUAUUUAGUUUAACUGUAAAGUCCCCAUUUCCUCGUUACCUGCAAAACUAUUCAGGGAAACGAUAGGAGUGGUUAAAUUAGAAUGGCACAGAGACAAAACAACUUAUCUCCAAAAAAUAUAGGCAUUUCAUGCCUGGCAAAAUGAUGUGUAGCAAGGCCUAAAGGGCGGCUCACGCUAGACCCAAGGAGGAUGUCCAGAGAAGGGAAAGAAGGUCCAGAGAGUUAAAGAACUCUUGGUGGACAGAAAAGGCUCUGGAAAUCCAGAGACUUGCAGACUCAGCCUUUAGAGUCCCAUCAGACAUGAGGGAACCUCUAAAAUUUUAUAUCAGAGAAACUAAUUAUUGUUAAGCACGUUAUAAUCAUCGAUGAGUGGAGUGCUUCUUUGUUUACAGGCGUUACAGGGGAAAUCACUAUAUUUCUGAUGUUCUAAAUGUGCCUCCUACUGGCAGAGAUUGAAUGUGCAUUUUCAAUGAUCCCAUCUAUACUUUUUGUUCAGACCAAUUUAAAAAUCCACCCACAGAACCCCAUUUUAAAUUAUAAUCAUUUAUACUUCUGGCUCAUCCCAUUACUUAAAAAUGGUUUAAAGGCUGAAUUGUAAGGUUUAUCAUUUAAGAAUUUGUUUUUUGUGAAAACCUGUAUCUCAACUGUUAAUCAAUUGCUAUUUUGUGGUCUACAACAUGAAAGAAAGAAAAAUUAUGAAAUGUAAAAUGAAAAAUGUAGAAACACUGGACACAACUAUGGGGCACCACACUCUAUAAAAAAAUAAAGGCGCUUUAAAAGGCUCUUCAAAGAGAUGCCACUGAAGAACCAUUUUUGGUUCCAUAAAGAACCAUUCACUUAAAGGCUCUUUAAAGAACCAUCUCUUUUUUAAAUCGAAAAAACCUUCUUUCUCCACAAAGAACCUUUUGUGAAACAGAAAGUUUCUUCAGAUGUUAAGGAUUCUUUAUGGAACCAUUUAGACAAAAAAAGGUUAUUCUAUGGCAUAGUGAUGCACCUUUAUUUUUAAGAGUGCAUUGUGCAGCAACCCAAUCACAACAAUAAGGAACCUCAAGGUUGCAAAUGUGUGCAAAUGUAUAGGGCCCCAUUCCUAAUAUUUUGCCUGGGGCCCCCAAUUCACUAAAUCUGCCCCUGAUGUGGGCAUUUACAGAUUUGCAUGGCUCACAUGGAUUAUUACCAUAUGAAUAGCAUUUGCUGUGCGUAGGUGUACCCACAUUACAGAUAGUGAGCUCAGGCGGGAAAGACUGUACCUCAUGUGUGGACUACUUUAUCAGAGAACAUCUCGGUUACGCAUGUAACCCUCGUUCCCUGAAGGUCAUGGGGUCUCACUUGGGAGCCCAAUAACCUCUGAGCUUAAGAAGAAAAGGCCAAUGAGAAUUGGUGAGUGGAAUUUUCAUGCUAAGCCACUGCCCCGUACAUACGGGUAUAUAAAAUGGCGGCGUGCAUCCACUCAUUCAGGUUUGUGCUGAGGAGACCAAAGAGGCAUCUCAGCAUUCAGCGUGGUUCAAGAUUGUGGCAUGAUAGACAUAACAUCUCCAUUCCCUCCUUUAGGGAACGAGGGUUACAUACGUAACCAAGAUGUUUCCUUUCAGUCAGUCACAUUCAACAUUGCGUCAGCUGACAUCAUGGGGUCCCUAUAGAAAACACCACAACCUGAACUGUGUUAUGUAAUUGAGGUACAAAUGCUGACAGGAAAGCGUGUCAGGACAAAUGAAGCUCAAUACAUAACCUUCCCAAUGCCCUGUAAGCCAGAUAAUGGGCCCACCAGGGGUGUCAGGGUCAACAGAGAACCCAGAGUUCACCGAGAGAGAACAACUAGGAGAAAGCGCACGGAUCCAAGGGGAAUGCAAGCCGACACCGAGCCAGCCUCCCACAGAUUACCUGAUGUUACCCAUCACACGGGAGGGCUCCACGCAAAGAUUGUAAAGUUUUGCGAAGGUGUUAGGUGUCACCCAGCCCGCAGCUCUGCAUAUGUCUGCAAGAGUGGGUGCCGUGCGCUGACGCCCAGGAGGAGCCAACACUCCAAGCCCUCACUCCCAGGGGGCACAGCUCACCUUGGCACUGGUAUGCCAUGGUAAUGGCAUCCACCACCCAAUGAGCCACUGUUUGGAGAGAGCAUUCCCCUUCUACUGACCUCCAAAGCAGACAAAGAACUGCUCGGAGUGUCUGAAGCACUGGGUGUGUUCCACGUAAAUGUGCAAGGUGCGAACGGAACAUAACAACACAAAAGCCGGGUCUGCCUCCUCCAGGAGCAGCACUUGCAAGUUCACCACCUGAUCUUGAAAAAGAGUGUUGGGAACCUAGGGCACAUAACCUGGCCGGGGUCUCAAGAAAACAUGAGAAUCAGCCGGCCCAAACUCUAGGCAUGAUUAGUUGACCAAGAAUGCGUGCAGGUCCCCCACCCUCUUGAUGGAAUUGAGCGCAAUCACGAGUAAAGUCUUGAGAGACAGAUAUUUUAGCUUGACUGAAUCAAGUGGCUCAAAGUGAUCCCUCCAUAGUCCUAAGAGUUCCACGGAAAAAUACCAAGAAGGGAUGAGGUGCGACCUGGGAGGAUUUAAUCUCCUCGCACCUCUCAGGAACCUGACAAUCAGGUGAUGCUUCCCCAGGGAUGGACCAUCCACUGCAUCAUGUUGGGCCGUGAUGGCAGCGAUGUACACCUUCAAAGUGGAGGGAGACAGCCUCUGCUCCAACUUUUCCUGCAGGAAGGAAAACACCACACCGACUGAGCAUCUCUGAGGGUUGAACUACCAGAUCCCACUUCAGUGUGUAGGCCUGCCUUGUAGAGGGGGCACUAGCAAUCUACCAUGGCCUGGGGAAGGCCAUAGAGGUCUACUGUGUCCCGCCGAGAACCCAGACAUGCAGGUUCCAUAGACUGGGUCGCGGGGUGCCAGAUUGUGCGUAGGGGAAGAGCUUGACCUUCUCCCAGUUGCCCUUAGGCCCCCGAUGGCUGAGGUGCCAAAGCACCAAAUCCCUGUGCUCGCACAACAGAACUUGUGAGUGAGCUAAUAUAAGCCAGUUGUUGAGAUAGUUGAAGAUCCGAAUGCCCUUCUGCCAAAGUGGGGCCAGGGCACCCUCUCUGUUUGUUUUCUUCUACAAGAGACAAAAAGUAAGUAGAUCUAGUGGUUUGUAAGGCUUUUUUGAAGGAGGAAGUACGUUGCCUCUAUGCAAUACAAAAUACCUCUAGUUUUGUUUUCUAAUUGUUGAGCAUCAAUUAAAUUAUUACCCUUCAACAUUUUUUUUUGUUUGUUUUUGUUAGUUCAUGGAACAGAUACAGUCACUAUAUUAUGAAAGCUAAGUGCAUUAACCAGCACUUUUAAGUUUGCCAAGGUGUCAGGUGAUAUAGUCUAUACUAAACAUGUAGCAAGCAGUACAAGUGACAAUAACACAAGAAGAAGCCAUGACUAUUUAUUUAAUGAUUCCGAAUUACCACAGUUGUUUGAUAAAUUUGUGAAAAGCAGAGCAAAAAAGAGAAAAGAAAGGGUAGGGGGCGAGUGACAAGCUAAUGCAGGGGUGGUGAACGUCGGUCCUGGAAAGCCACGGCCCUGCAGAGUUUUGCUUCAACCCUAAUCAAACACACCUGAACAAGCUAAUCAAGGGUUACUAGAAAGCUACAGGCAGGUGAAGUUUUAUUUGGGUUGGAGCUGAAAUCUGCAGGGCUGUGGCUCUCCAGGACCGGAGUUCGCCACCCCUGGGCUAAUGAAAUGCUCUGCCCUGGGGAUGUAGAUUAAAACGUGAAUGAUGUCAAUUUAGUUUGAUAAUCAAUACCAGAAAUAUGGUGAUAUUAAGCUAUAUUUUAGUAAUUUAAACAACAGAGAGUGAUAGAGAUUAUAGCAGAAAAAAACAAAGCUACAUGGAAAUGUGCGUCCUGUGGCCUAAACCAGUGGUUUUCAAACUGGUCCUGGAAGCACCCUUGCCCUGCACAUUUUGUAAUAAUUAGCAGAAAUACAGUAAAACCAUAGACUCAAAUAUAAAUAGGUGAAUCUGUAGCAGCAGAGUGAUUUGAUUAAAAAUGCUUUUAGCAUGGAUUGGAAUCCACUUUUCUCCACUCCAAACAAAUACAUUACUGGAAAGGGAAAAAGGGGCAGUGACUCAGACCACGUAGCCUCCCCCCGUACAUGCCCGUUAUGCAUAUGUUUAGGUUGUACAUUCUAGCUAUUGUAGAAAGUUAGCUGCAUAUUACAUUCAUACAUAAAUCUCAUAUACUUUACACAGCAAACAUACAGUACAGCAGAAAUCAUAAGAGUAGUGUUAUUUUGAAUAUUGUCUGUAAGUAAGUUAGUGUCUUUGGUGAGCUACACAAGGUGUCUAAGCUAAAUCCACUUCUAUUAUAGUGUUUUCAUUGCAAUCAUAGUCAUUCCAUCUAUUUUCAAGAAACUGCACAGCAGAGCUCAUGAUGCGAUGACUCAGAUACAUGCGGAGUGAUAAUUUAACCCCCCAGCGCACACACAGAGACACACCAUCUCUAUGGUUACCACGGAUGAGGCAGUAGGUGCUAUUUUGAAGUGAUCUGGUAAUAGCUAGCAGCUCAAACACACACAUAGUUACCUAUAGUAACUACAAGACAGACUGCAGUAAUGAUUUCAAGUCCUUUGAUCACAGAUGCCUGCUUCUCCACAUAUAAAUAAUAAUAAUAAUGGUAAUAAUUUAAAUUAGGGAACACUAUUCACUAUUAACUAGUUGCUUAUUAGCAUUCAUGCCACUAGCAUAUUUUCUGUUUAAUAGUCUUUAUAAAGCAAAUAUUAAUACUUCAUUCUGCAUGACCAUAUUCUAGAUACAUUAACCCUACACUGUAAAAAACAAAACAAAACAACCUAAACAAAAUUACUACAACAACUACCUUACUUAGACCUACUGUCAGUGAAUUCGGAGUUUACUGAAGAAAACUUAAAGAAGGAAUAAUUGACGACGGGGCGUUGUUAACACGCUUGUGAGAAAUCUCAAGUAGUUAUUAAGUUGUUAAUCGUCAGAGCAUCGCUAACACCAUUUGUGCAUAUGUUAACGUGUGUGCAAACUGUAUGUAAGGGAGAGAGAGUGGGAGAAACAGAGUAUGUGCUUUCCAUACAUAAUAAAACACUUUUCUUCAAUCCAUGAACGUUUGUCUCAGUUAAUAUAGGCAAUCUCACAGUCUGAGGCGUCUCUCAUAGCAAAUCAACACACGCUGUCGUAAAUAAUUAGGCGAACUGUCUUCUCAUAGGAUAAGUACAUGCAGCCUCAAUAAUUAUGAGACACCAACGUGUCAUCGAUGUACUUUAGAGGGUAUGCAUUGACGUCACUUUCCCGACUGAGUGGCAAAAGAGCCUUCAGCGUGAAUGGAUUUAAUAGGGAAGAUGCGAAAACGCAAGUAAAACAAUAAUCAGUUUAAACUAAAGGGUACUGAACUCGAUAUGAUGUUCCUAACAACUUCACAAAUAUCCAGUGGUCAAUGCAUAUUGAUGCAGCCAGAAAUCGUGUUUUCUAACACUUAUAUGUGUCUGAUUUUGACGCCGGGGAAAAUAAAUAAAGCGAAUUUGCCUGUGAACUUGUUUUUUAAAUACAAAAUAGGUUGGUCUAAACCCCGGUGAUCACUUAUAUCAAUAUUAUAUAUAUCGUCAUAUCGUCCAGCUGAAAAACGUAUAUAGGUUUUGUCAGUGUUUAUUUAAAAACAUCCAGUUAUGCAGAAUUUAAGAUGGUAAAUAUUUAGUUGAUGACUUGGCAAUACGAUAUACUACAAUACAAUAUAUAGGAUAUGAUUUGACUGCACAAUUCAACAUAUUAAUAUGAAAUGAUAACUGCAAAUCCAUGUUUCGCUGCCUGGAGACCAUUUGUUUCUUUGAAUUGCAGCAUUAAUUUGCUUCUCUUUUCAGUAGCUUUCAGCAGUCUGUAAAAAUAUACGUCAUGUUUCUUGUCAAAUCUCUUUGUACAGUCAAUUGCAAAGCUCGUUCUGGUUUUAGAGGUGUUUUGUGUGUUCUGUCGCAGCAUUCGUGUUGAAACCAAUGUUGCCACUCAGUCUUUUUGGCACUCAGUGAGCGGAGCCGCAGCCAUUCCAGCUGACAGUGACGUCACAUGCAUACCCUCUAUAUGCCACGGUUGCCACGUCACAAACUGUGACGUCAGCACAUUGUAGAUUUUAAACCCCUAAAAUGAAAAUAGCGCAAAAAAGCUCAAAAUUAACCAGUUUUCUCCAAAAAUUAAAAUUAACGGAUGCUAACAUUGUCAUCUAUGAUGUGCAACACAAAUACCUCUGCUAAAAUCUUAGAAAAAGUACUCUGGGGUUUCAUGAACCUUUUACAGUGUUUAGCACGAAAGGCUCAAAUGACAAAAUGGGAUUAAAAAUAACGCCCAGAUUUUUUAAAUUUACUUUGUAACUCCAGAGCAACUCCAUCGAAAGAUCUAGCUUUAGAGAUCUAAUUUAUUUGGAAAGCAGAAUAGUUCUGUUUUGGAACUAUUGAAACACAAGAAAUUUUCAGACAUCCACAACUUAAUCUCAGACAGUGUGAGAGAUGAGAAAUAUUUACAUCUUGGCCCGGAUUAGAGUGGAUGUAAAUCUGUGUAUCGUCAUCUUAAAAAAUGGUAGUUGAGUGCAAGAGAUCUUAACAAUUGCCCAAGAGGAAAAAUCUAAAUGCUAAAAAGCAAAGAACCAGAUUUAAAAUGCAUUUAUUUUCUACAAAGUAUAGCUCUAGUCUAUUAACAUAAUUACUGACAUACCGCUCGAGACUUACUGAUAUAAAAAUUGUAAUUAAGCUUUAUUUGGAGUACUACUUGUGCACAAUGCACAUUUGCUAAUAUUAAGCCUAAAAUAUGUUUUAAUUUCACUAUUGAUGAGGAUUGUGUGAUCUUUAAAUAUUAUCAGUCUUUAAAUACAAAAUAUUUAAAGUGUACCUAAAGUAUGUUUGCAAUAAUUUCACUUUAGCACAAUUAAAUAUGCAGCUAAAGAUAAAUAUGUCUUUAGUUGCACUUCAGCACUACUUCUGCACAAUUAAUGUGCAGUAAGUACAAAAUUAUUUGUUCCAAUUUAGCAGACCAGUAUAUUAAGUAUACCAGUUAUUAAGUACAUAAUAUGUAAAUGUAUAUUUUCAUACACAAAAGCACUGAAUGCUAACAAUAUUUUAUACUAUUUGAACUGAACUGAGCUGGAUGAUGACACCAUUGAAUCCAAUGAUGAACUGCCUUUACCUGAAAACUGAGUGUUUACUGUUGCCCUUUUGCAUUAUUGAUGCACCAUUUCCUAUCUAAUACUGAACAGCCGCUUUGUCACAAUUCUGUAUUGUUAAAUCGGUAUAUAAAUAAAGGUGACUUGACUUGACUUGACUAACCAUUAGGGUAACAUACAGUAACACAGAAACUGGCACAGUUAAACAACCCUCCAUUUCAGAAAGAACCUGGAAAGCUAGAGGAUAAACGUUCAGAAAAUAAAAUCUGGCAAAUGUGGGGAGAUGUCAACCAGUGAUGAUCUUGUUAAGUUAUAAACUUAAGAUCUGGUUCACAGAAAACAUCUGGAGUACUAUAACAUUUAGCAUAGUUUUGGUAUGUUGUACAUUGAAUUCUUUAAAGUGGCAUGGAAUACAGUGGAAAUGCAGUGUAUAUAUAUAUAUAUAUAUACAUAUAUAUAUAUAUAUAUAUGUAUACUGUAUGAAGAGUUCAGUUCAGACAGAUGCAAAACCCCCUAAAAGCCAUCUUGGUCAAAAAUGAGAUAAUGAUACUGAGUGAAUGCUCUCGACACAUAUUAUACGUCCAUCAAAAACUUCAAACUCUCUAAAAUCCCAGCCUCAGCCCAUCAGAAAUACCGGUACUUACAUAAAAACCUAUACAUCUGAGCCUGAUAAAAAUGCAUUUUUUAAAGAAAGACAUCAGAUGGCUUUUGCAUCUGAACUCUUGGCUAUAUAUAUAUAUAUAUAUAUAUAUAUAUAUAUACACACACACUGCCCUCCAAAAGUUGCCCCCUGGCAAAGUGUGAUUUUGGAUGAUAUCAGCAUGAAUCCUUAUCAUUUUUUGGUGCAAAUACAUUAAAGUAACUUGAUAUUAUCAUUUAAAAACAGCAAUAAUAAUUUUCAUUUUGAUCACAUAAUAAUGGCAAUAUAUACAUGUCAAAGUCAGACAUGCCCCUUUGCCAGCUGUGAUGCCUGGUUACUGGUUUAAACUUGGCCCAGGUUUUUAAAAGAUUUUUGGGUCAGCACACCUUAAUAGCUUCAACAACUGAUUGCCAAUUAAGUUUAGAAUACAAUAAAUUUAGGCCCAGAUUAUGCAGAGCUGUAAUAGCUGCUAAUGCUGGAUUUUUUGAUUAAUCGAAAAUUUAAGUUUUCUAUGUAGAAACUGUUUAUGUAAUAAAAUAUGUCUUCAUAGUUUGUGUUGUCCCUUAUCAGUGCAAAAUUAUCACAAAUUAAAAAGGAUUCAUGCCAAUAUUGUCCAAAACCCCACUUUUCAAGGGCGCUUCCAAACUUUUGGAGGCCAGUAUAUAUACAUACAUAUAUAUAUAUAUAUAUAUAUAUAUAUAUAUAUAUAUAUAUAUAUACUUUAACAAACUUUAGUAGUAUCACAGACAGUAUUGUAUAUUUAUGUAUAUAUAGUCUACAUGAAUUAGACCAUGUACCUUGUAGUGUGAAAAAUAUAUUUCUAUAAAGCAGGAAAUUGAGAAAAUGUACUAUCCAAAAAUGUUUUUUCUCAUGAGCCAUGAACUGCAUGAAACUUUUUUUUUUUGAGUAGUUGUAUAUUUAUAUCUCUAUAACAAUGAGAAUAUUUCAGUUAGUUUGAAAUUGCUCAAAAAAUAUAUAAAAUAUUAUAUGUGUACUAUAUAAUUACUGUACAUUUAGUUUUUACAUUACAUGCAUCAGUAGAAGAGUUUAUCUGUGGUAGCAUUUCUGUUAUUAUUGUUAAUCCAUUUUGUGUUAUGUUUUGUGCAUU